AUGCUCUUACCAUCUAACCAGCCCAAUUGUACUCUCCUACAUCCUCUAGAUCCAGCAACUCCAUUGCCUUCUAAUAAAAUUGAAUUAUCUGAUCGUAUAAAAAGAGGUCCUUAUCAACCAAUUCUUGAAAACUAUCCAAGAACCAAAAUGUCAAACACUCAAAGGCAAUUUCAUAAAGAAUGGUUUAAGAGUUUCAGCUGGCUGGAAUACAGUGUUAAACUAGAUCGUGCUUAUUGUUUCAGCUGUAGAGUUUUUUUACACUCUAAUGGAAAAAAUAAUGGACAAUUAGAUAAGACCUUCUCACAUUUGGGUUUUAAUAAUUGGCGUUUAGGAACUAAUAAGUUUAGAACACAUCAGCUUUCCAUGUCCCAUAUAAACAGUACUACUUCAAUGAGUUAUUUUUUAAACUGUAAAUCAAUAGAUGUUCUGAUAGACAAAAGUAAUGAAAUUCAGCUUGCUCAAAAAGAGAAACAAAAAUUGCAUAACAGACAAAUAAUGUAUCGUCUUAUUGAUGUUACUUUAUGCUUAGGAUUAGGUGGCCGUCCAUUUCGUGGACAUAUUGAAAAAAGUUCAAAAUUACACCAAGGGCUGUUUAUAGAAUUAGUCAAUUUGCUUAAAAAAUAUGAUCCAGUAUUAAAAUAUCAUUUAGAUAAUGGGCCUCGGAAUGCGUUAUAUACGAGAAAAUUUCUACUGAACUUUGUGGAAAAAAAGUUUCAAUCAUCGCGGACGAAACUAGUGAUGUUGGUCACAAUGAGAAAAUGUCUUUUGUUAUCCGAUAUUAUUCAUCAGAGAAAAAAAAGACCAGUUGAAAGAUUUUUUUGUUUAAGAAGAUUAUUACAUGGAGAUGCUCAGACUAUUUUUUUGGAAUUAUGUGAUGUAUUGAACAAUAUAGGUAUUGAAUGGCAUAAUGUGUUAUCGGUUUGCUUCGACGGUGCUUCUACAAUGUCUGGUCAUGUAGCAGGCGUCCAAGCUAAAUGUAGUUGUGUACGUCAUACUAUAUUAGAGAAAAUUUCAACUUCAAUGAAUAUAAAGUUAAAAACAUUGAAGACACUGUCAACUACAAGGUGGGCAUGCCGUUCUGAAGCAAUUGAGGCAAUUAAACAUAAUUAUGAAGCAAUAUUAAAAGCUUUGGAGGAAAUAUCAGACUCAACAAAUCUUCCAGAUGUAAGAGCCAAAACAAAAGGUCUCAUUUAUUCUUUGAAAACUUUUAAAUUUAUUUUUGCUAUGUAUAUGUUAAGCCCUAUUCUAAAUUUAGUAAACAAAGUUAGUGCCACAUUACAAUCACCUAACUUGGAUUUACAUACAGCAGUUACACUAAUCACUGCCUUGCAAAACUCUCUUCAAACAAUGAGAUCAGACAACACAUUUAAUACAAUUUUUGAUGAAACUAAAAUGGCUUGUACUAAAAUUGAUGUAUCCAUACCUGAAGUAAAAAGGCGUAAAGUAUCAACUAAAGUAGAUUCUGAACAUCAUUCGCAGCAUUUUUUUGAAAAUACAAAAGACGAAAUGAAGAUAACUGUAUACAACAGUGUUAUUGAUAAAAUGUUAAAUGGCAUCAAAGAACAUAUUCAAACUAUUUCUGAUACAUUUAGUUUAUCUUUUGAUCAACUCGAUUCUGAAGUCAGACUGUUUACACAAAUAGAUGACAUACCAAGAGGAAGCAAUAAUAGCACAAUAACUCAGUGGUUGAGUUGGAUAACUAAGGAUGGAACAGACCGAAUGAGAACUUUUGAAAAUAUAUAUAAAGUUUUACAAGAAUUUACUACCAUACCAGUCACUAGUUGCUCUUGUGAAAGAGCUUUUUCAAAAAUAGCAAUAGUUAAAAAUAAAUUACGCAGUACAAUGGCUCAACAAAGGUUAGAUGCCUUACUAACAAUUUUUAUUGAACAAGAAAUUGUAAACUCUUUAGAUAUGGAGGAAAUUAUUGAUGAGUUUAAAACACUGACACCAAUCCAAAGAAGAUUACCAUUAUAA